AUGAAACCCACCCAAGUGCUUCGCCUGGCGGUUGCCGCCCCGGACGUGAAUCCCCAAACGCGAAAGGCCCGGUCAAUCCCGGUUCUCAACCCUUUUGAUCUUUAUGGAAGGGUCUUCUUUUUCUCAUGGAUCGGAUUCCUGGUUGCAUUCCUCUCCUGGUAUGCGUUUCCGCCUUUGCUGAGCGUCACUAUCAAGAAAGACCUGCACAUGUCUCAGGACGAUGUUGCCAAUUCCAAUAUAGUUGCCCUCCUGGGAACUUUCGUGAUGCGGUUCAUUGCUGGUCCGCUGUGUGAUCGUUUCGGCCCUCGGCUGGUUUUUGUCGGACUGUUGAUUUGCGGUGCUGUUCCCACGGCCAUGGCGGGCCUUGUCACAACUCCUCAAGGUUUGAUUGCUUUGCGAUUCUUCGUGGGCAUUCUCGGCGCAACCUUUGUCCCGUGCCAGGUAUGGUGCACGGGAUUCUUCGACAAGAACAUUGUUGGUACUGCCAACUCCUUGGCGGGGGGUUUUGGCAAUGCAGGCGGCGGCAUCACCUAUUUUGUCAUGCCGGCUAUCUACGACUCCUUCGUCCACGACCGCGGCCUAACCCCGCACAAAGCCUGGCGAGUCUCCUACAUCGUCCCUUUCAUCAUCAUUGUCUCCAUCGCCUUAGCCAUGCUCUUCACCUGUCCUGACACACCCACGGGCAAAUGGGCGGACCGCGAGAAAACCAGCGGGCAAAGCAUUGUCGACCUCAGUUCAACGCCCAAUGCAUCCAGCGCCAACAGUAUCAACAUCUCCAGCGACGAGAAAAAGGCUGUCCAUCCAGAAGUCACCGAUUCAGAGGCUCAAGUCCAUGUGCGCGCGGGACAGAUUGAGAGUUCCGACGCUGUGAUCGAAGCCCCCACGAUAAAACGCUACCUCUCCAUCGCACUAGACCCGUCCGCCCUUGCCGUCGCAGUUCCUUACGCCUGCUCCUUCGGUGCCGAACUUGCCAUCAACUCUAUCCUAGGCGCGUACUAUCUCCUCAACUUCCCUCUUCUUGGGCAGACCCAAUCGGGCCGCUGGGCGUCCAUGUUCGGCCUCGUCAAUGUUGUCUUCAGACCCAUGGGUGGGUUCAUCGCGGAUUUGAUCUACGCGCGAACAAACUCCGUAUGGGCCAAAAAGAUGUGGCUUGUCGUGUUGGGGCUCGCUAUGUCCGGCAUGGCCAUUCUAAUCGGCUUCCUAGAUCCGCAUCGGGAAAGCGUCAUGUUUGGUCUUGUCGUACUUAUGGCGUUUUUCAUUGCAGCGAGUAAUGGGGCGAAUUUCGCAAUUGUCCCGCACGUGCAUCCGUCCGCUAAUGGAAUCGUCUCCGGUAUUGUCGGUGGGAUGGGCAACUUCGGCGGCAUUAUCUUCGCCAUUGUCUUUCGGUACAAUGGAACGCAGUAUCACCGUUCGCUGUGGAUUAUCGGGUUCAUUAUCCUUGGCUGCACCCUGUUCUUUAGCUGGGUUAGACCUGUUCCUAAACAGAACCACUAG